GCUUUUUGCGACCAAUAAUUGUUUGAAAAUCUCUUCAGAAGUUUCUAAUUUGCUCAAAAGUUAUCUAUAAAUCAUUAACAUUUUACAAAUUUAUGAAACUUCUCAAUAAAAGAAUAAAAGUCAAAUGUUUUACUGGGUUGCCAAAAAUAUAUAGUAUAUAAAAGAGUUACCCAAACUAUGCCCUUACAUAAAGCCAAAGUGUAAGGAAUUUUUAAAGUAAUGAUUAAAGCCUUUAUGUUGAUGCGCAGAAAAAAAAUUGUUAUUGCUAUUGGUUUGGCAAGCAUUUUUGUUAUACUUUUGGUUCCAAAAACUCUUUUUACAAAUAAUUCAAUUGUCAGUAACUUCUUUGAAGAUAGUCAGGCCUAUUGCAAUAAAGCAGCAGAUGUUACAGGAGAUGAAGGAAGAAAUCUUCAAGGGUAUGAGCUAUUACAAGUUCAAGUUAUUAUUAGACACGGUGAUCGAGCUCCUAUUGAAUUGGAUGCGUUACCAAAUACAAGCCCUGUUCAUAUAUCAUGCUUGUUUCAUAAACAUGCAGAAACAAACUAUGGCACUUUGAUGCAAAGAUUUGAAAAAGUCAUGAGCAAAAGUCCAUUUCUAGUGGUAAACAGUAAAAAUACUGAGUUAGUACAACAGUCUAUCUAUUGUAAAGGUGGGCAGCUGACUCCUCAUGGUUAUCUGCAGCACUUGUUUCUUGGUAAAUAUCUUAAGUUUAGAUAUAAAGAUUUUUUAGACAAUCUAACUGUUGAUCGAGAUAUAUUAGUGAAAUCAACCGAUGUUGCUCGAACUAUACAAAGUGCAGCUGCUUUACUUUCAGAAUUGUUCUAUGAUUAUAAAAAAGACCAUUCUAUAAUUAUUUAUGUUUAUAAUGAUCAAGUUGCUGAUGGUCAUAUGCUUUUAGAUGAAAAUAAUCAAAAUUUGGCUUGUCAUAAGCUACCUGAAAUAAUGAGUUUUUUUGAAAAAAAAUCUAAUACUUGGAAGGAGUUUGUAAACAAGUUAUUUCCUAUACUCAAAAAUAUUGCAAAUGUUCUUCAUUUAGAAAAAAAAGAUUUACCCCCAAUCAAUAGAAUUGUUGAUAUUUUAUAUACACGGUUAUGUCACAAUAAAGGAAUUCCUCGUGGUCCUGGUGAAAAGCUUUCAUCAAAAGUUGUUAAAGAUGCUUUCAAAGUUGCUCAUGAAUACACAAUUGUAAAACACGGUGCAGUUGCAGAAUACCAGUCUCUAUCUAUUCUCUCACAAAUGGCUAAACAUGCAUUUGAUAUUAUUGUUGGAAAAGCAUCCAAAAAAUUUGUACUAUUUUCUGGACAUGACUCAAUGAUUACUCCAUUUUUGAUGCUAUUAGAAAUCUAUGAUGGAAAAUGGCCUCCAUAUGCAUCAAGAGUUGUUGUGGAGUUUUAUUUGAAGAAUAACAAUACAGCAAGUGUUAAACAAAAGAUUGAGAACACUUUUUUUAGAGUCAUAUACAAUGGUGUUAUUGCAAAGAAAAUCAGUUUUUGUAAAUCAAGUGAUUUUGAAACACUUUGCUCACUACUUGCAUUAUUUGAUUAUGUUUCUAAUGGAUCAUUUAAUAUAAAUGGUGACUUAAGUAGGAAGAACGUUCAUAAAUUAUUGUUUACUCGUAUUAAAUAUAUUUGUGAAUUAUAGCUGUUUAAAUUUCAAAAAAGAAAGUUUUACUAUUUAAUGUUCUUGAAUAUUUAUGUGCUAAAUAUUUUUUAAAGGUUAGUUUUCUAUAGUUUAUUAUUUUUUAUUGAUUUAUUGCUGGUAACUGCAUUAAAUAUUUGUAGUUUUUUGAAGAUUAGCUUUUAUUUUUGCAAAAAAGCAUAUUGAAGAAGUUGUACUUUUUAAUUUUUUUUUUAAUUAAUGAUGAUGAUUAUGGUUAAUGAUGGUAAUUCACCUGUUUUAAUAUAUUACAACAGGUGAAUCAUCAUAG